UACAAACGAAACAUAUUGUAAAGCAAGGUAAUUCCUUUUACGCGUCCAUCACUCCAGUAGGCUGUUUCCUACUUCCUUCUUUGGUGUAAAAGUAAUUCCUUGUGUGAGAAACUGCUUAGAGCUGCCCCUGCCCCUCGUGGGUCCAUCACUCCAAUAGCUCUUCCUUUUUCCUCUAGGAUCAAUAUAACUUCACUUCUUCCUUGUUAAACCAAAACACACCUUCCUAUCUGCUUUUGCUCUUCACUUUGCAUUCCCCUUCCUUCAUUUCCUUCGAUUUCCAAAGAAGAAACCAUGGCUGAGAUUGCAACCAUUUUUGUCUCUCCCUUCCUUCAAGUGUUUUUUGAAAAAAUGGCAUCUGGUGACUUCGUUGACUUCUUUCGGCAACGAAAACUCUCCGAUGGACUCCUAAAGAAGUUGAACACAACAUUCCUGACCCUCAAUGCAGUGCUCGAAGACGUGGAGGAGUUGCAAGUUACAAAGCCUGUUGUGAAAAAGUGGCUUGAUCAGCUGAAAGAUGCAGUCUAUGAAGCAGAGCAUGUCUUGGAUGAGAUUGCUACUGAAGCCUUGCUAAGCGAGUUGGAUGCUGAAUUUCAAACCACCGCAAGUAAGGUACGAAAGUCCAUCUCUAUUUCUCGUAAUUCUUUUGUCAAAGAGAUAGAACCAAAGAUAAAAGACAUACUUGAAAGACUAGAAACUCUGGCACAACAAAAGGAUCAUAUUUUUGGUAGGAAUUAUGAAAAAGAGGCAAUCAUGAAAAGGGGUCUGAGCGAUGGUGUUGGAGGGAAAUCAUAUGAAGAAUCACCCAUGACUUCUUUGGUUUUAGAAUCUGAUAUUUGUGGUAGGAAUGAAGAAAAGGAGGCAAUCAUUAAAAUGUUGCUCUCAGAUGAUGCACGUGGCAAUGAGAUGGGUGUGAUUGCCAUAGUCGGUAUGGGGGGGAUUGGUAAGACCACCCUUGCUCAACUUCUAUAUAAUGACAACAGAGUGAAAAACUCUUUUGACCAUCUCGCUUGGGUUUGUGUUUCAGAAGAUUUUAAUUUGUUCAAGAUAACAAAAAAAAUUGUGGAAAAAGUAACUUCCUCAACUCAUGAUAAUAAGGAUUCAGGUCAACGUCAAAAAGCAACUUCCUCAACUUAUGAUAAUAAGGAUUUAGAUCAACUUCAAAGUGAACUAAGCCAGAAAUUGAUGGGGAAGAAGUUUCUAUUGGUUUUAGAUGAUGUUUGGAAUGAGAAUUUUUUUCAGUGGGAUGCACUAUGUAAACCCCUUAAAUAUGGGGCACAAGAAAGUACGGUCAUUGUAACAACACGUAAUAAUAGGGUUGCAUUAGUCAUGCAUGCUAGUGCAAUUUAUCCUCUAAAGGAGUUACCAGAAGAAGAUUGUUGGUCACUAUUUGCAAAACAUGCAUAUCAUGAUGGCAACUCUAAUGCACAUGGUGAGUUAGAAUUAAUAGGUAGAAAAAUCGUUGAAAAGUGCAGAGGCCUUCCGUUAGCAAUACAGGCAAUGGGUGCUCUAUUAAGAUAUAAACCGAAUGUUGACGAAUGGGAUAAUAUAUUGAAGAGUGAAUUAUGGGAUUUGCCAAUUGAUGAGAUGGGCAUUCUUCCGGCUCUAAGAUUAAGUUACAAACAUCUUCCUUCGCAUCUAAAGCGAUGCUUUGCUUAUUGUUCAAUAUUACCAAAAGAUUAUCCUUUCAAAAAAGUUCAGUUAAUCAUGUUAUGGAUGGCAGAAGGUUUCCUCCAACAAUCGAAAAACAAAACAAUGGAAGAAGUUGGUAAUGAGUAUUUCCUCACUCUAGAAUCAAGAUCGUUAUUCCAAGAAUGUAGUGACGACAACUCACAUUUUGUAAUGCAUGAUCUUGUGAGCGAUUUAGCAAAAUCUAUAUCUGGAAAUUUUAUAAUAAGGUUGGAGGGUGAUUGUUCUCACGACAUUGUAAACAAUACUCGCCACAUGUCCUAUUUUUCUGAACAAGAGUUUCAUAGCUCGAAAAUGUUUGACACCCUUCACAAGGCUAAGAGGUUGCGCACUUUCCUACAUUUAAAUAUGUUCAGCAAUUGUUGCUUGACUAAAAAAGUAGUACAUGACUUGUUGUCGACACUAGGAUGCUUACGGGUGCUUUCUCUGUCAGGCUAUAAGAACAUUACUGAAUUGCCAGAUUCAAUUGGCAAAUUUAAAUAUCUACGUUACUUGGACCUUUCUUUAACUAAAGUGAAAAUAUUGCCCAAUUCUAUAUGUAAGUUGUGCAAUUUGCAAACAUUGAUCUUAUUUGAUUGUAAAGAGCUUGCUUCAUUGCCAAGAGAUAUGCGGAAACUCGUUAGUUUACGUCAUCUUGAUAUUAUCGGAACUGGCAUAAAAGAGAUGCCAAUACAACUUGGAGGAUUAAAAUGCCUCCAGUCGCUGACUAAAUUUAUCGUCGGCAAAGGUAGUGGGUUGUGCAUUGGAGACUUGGAAAAACUCACGAAUCCUUGUGGAUUGCUUUCAAUAUUGGAGCUCCAAAAUGUUGAAUCUGCUACUAAUGUUCUGAACGCAACAAGCUUAAGGGAUAAAAAGUAUCUCAAACAAUUGGUAUUGGAAUGGAAAGAUGGUAAUACUUUUUCAGAAAGUCAAAGAAGUGUACUCGAUAGUCUCGAACCCCAUACAAACUUGAAUCGUCUCACAAUUGAAUACUACGGUGGUAAAAGCUUUCCAGAUUGGGUAGGGCAUCCUUCAUUCUCUAAUGUAGCAUAUCUUUGUCUUGGAAGAUGUAAAUAUUGCAUCAGCUUGCCACCGCUUGGGCAACUACCCUCUUUGCAUGACCUCUAUAUUUAUGGGUUUGAUGAAGUUGUUAGAGUGGGUCAUGAGUUUUGCGGCAGCAGUUCUUCUUCAGUUAAGCCAUUUGGUGCCCUUAAAGUUCUUGCUUUUGUGGAGAUGCCAAAGUGGAAGGAAUGGGUUUAUUUUGGUGACGAAAAUGAAGGUGGAGCUUUUCCUUUACUUGAGCAGCUUUAUAUUAUUGGCUGUCCUAAGCUAACAGGAGGGUUGCCAGUCCAUCUUUCUUCUUUAUCCAAACUUAAUAUUAAGGUUUGUCCGCAAUUGGUGGCUCCACUCCCAUCGACUCCUACUAUGCGUGAAUUGGACCUCAGCUAUUGUAAUGAGAUGCUGUUAAAGGAAUUGCCAACUGGAAUGGAGAAGCUCGUAAUCGGAGGAUUUGAUGCACCGGAGUCCUUACCGAAAGGAAUGAUAAACUCUGACGGCAGUCUUCCCUCUGCAUUAAAAACCCUUAAGAUCAGAGAUUGUAUGAAGUUAGAGCUCUCAACACGCCUGGACUAUUCAUCCCUUGAAAGAUUGUGUUUGCGGAAUUGCGAUUCUCUCAAGUCCUUUCCAUUACAUUUAUUCCCAAAGCUUUAUCACAUUAAAAUCGACAAGUGUAGCAAUCUGGAAUCUCUUACCGUUCCAGAACAUUAUGAACAUGAUUUAGUCACCUUGGAGAUUAAAAUCUUGAGUUGCCCUAAUUUUGUAUCUUUUCCAAAAGGAGGAUUGCGUGCCCCCAGCCUUACAUCGUUAUCGAUCGAAUGUUGUGAGAAUCUGAAAUCACUUCCUGAAAAAAUGCAAAUACUAAAAUCUCUCGAGAGCUUGCAUGUUUGGAGCUGUCCAGAAGUUGAGUCGUUUCCUGAAGGGGGCUUGCCUUCCAAUCUGAACUCAAUUAGAAUCAUAUUUUGUGAGAAACUCAUUGCGAGCCGGAUGGGAUGGGGUUUGCAGAACCUGCCCAUUCUUAAAUAUUUCAUAAUCAGUGGCAAAAAUGAAGAUUUGGAGUCUUUCCCAGAGGCACAGUUGCUGCCCACUAGUCUGACCUAUCUUUCCAUCUCUGGCUUUCCAAAUUUGAAAUGUUUGGACAAGAAGGGGCUUCAACACCUCAUUGCUCUUGAAGAAUUGAAUAUCUGGUACUUCCCUAAGCUAAAGUACAUGCCAGAACAGGGGUUAUCUACCUCCCUUUCUAUUCUAAAAAUCAUCGAUUGUCCUUUGUUGAAGAAAGAGUGGCAAAGUAAAAAAGGAAAAGAAUGGCGCAAGAUUGCUCACGUCGACCAGAUAUGGAUUGAUGGCCAACCGUUUGAAUAAGCUACAAGUCUAGCAAGAUUUCUCCAGUUUUGAAUGCUAUGCUCACUUCGCCGUCUAUCGUUGCUUUUAGAUUCGUUUGUUUUGGUGUUGGGAUGAAAUGGUGGAUUCUGAGAGUCCAAACGGUUCUUCGCUACAGACGGCGGCCAAGUACGGCAUCACAAAGCCAAUCUCUCUUGCAGGACCCACCGAGGCUGAUCUUCGACGCAAUAUGGUACCGAAAGGUUUGUGAACCUGUGGACCUUUUCUUCUGCAAGCUGCUAUAAGGGAAAAGGAAAUCAAUGAUAGAAAAGGAUUUUCUUGUGGCUACCGUGUGAUCAUUGUUAAGGUGGCAUUGAACCAAUUGGAAGUUUGCUUCAUAUCUAGCUGGCAUUGAACCAAUUGGAAGCUAGUUUUGUUUCUGAUUCCUUCAAUUAUCAAAAUGUUGAAAUGAAAAACUGAAGCUGGUUUUAGAUGGUGACAUUAUCCUUUGACUGAAUUUUUCAUGAUUGGUACAUGUGAUGUGGGCAGCUAAUCCUCUUGCCCAAUAGAGGGAAGGAGUAGGGCCUGGUACUAACAAGGAUAUAUAAUGGAUCAUCAUCGCCAUUGUCAUCAACAUUCAAGCUUUUGCGAGCUUUGAGGAUGUUUGAGCUGUUUAAUGGGCUACAACUUACAAGACAUCUUCCUAAAGCUGACAAUGCAUGGGAAUACACUACCACUAUGUAAAUCAAGUGUGGAGUUAAAGAAGUCUCAAGUUUGCCUUACUCAAACAGCUGAUGCUAGUGAUGGGUACACAUUGUUAGAGUUAAAAGGAGUCUGAGAUCACUUCCUGACAAGAUGCACAUACUCAUUUCGUCUCUUGAGAAAUUAGAUGUAAUUAUUUGUCUAGAAGUUGAGUGGUUUCCUGAAGGGGCUUGCCUUCGAAUCUGAAAUCAAUUAACAUCUACGCUUGUGACAAACUCGUUGUGAGUCAAAUGGGAUGGGGUUUGCAGAACCUCCCCUUUCUUGAACUUUUGACAAUUGGUGGCAAUUCUGAAGAUGUGGAGUCCUUCCCGGAGGCGCAGUUGCUGCCCACGAGUCUGACCUCUCUUUCCAUCUCUGGCUUUCGAAAUUUGAAAUAUUUGGACAAGAAGGGGCACCCUAAGCUCAAGUACAUUCCAGAAUAGGGUUUCCAACCUCCCUUUCUAUUCUACGGAAUUGGGAAUGUCCUUUGUUGAAGAAACAAUGGCAAUGUAAAAGAGGAAACGGGAAGGCGUAAGAGUCCCCAAUUUUCGUUGAGUCUCUCUCAUGUCACCGCCAAAAAUUGUUGAGAACUCGAUAGAGAAUUGGGGAUGCUCCGAAUCAACACGAUCACCAAAGUCAUUUUUGGUUCCAAAGUCAUCUAACAUUUCUUCGAAGUGUAGCUCAUCUCAAAGUAAUUGCCGGAGAAGACCAACAAGAAACUUGUCCCCCACAUUCUUUUGAAAGAGAUCUACGCUUGCAUAAGUUUGUCUUUGAGGAAGAAGUUCUGCCAGAUGAGACCUAAGUAGCAUAUUAUUCUCGUGGACAGAAGUUGUCGGUUGGUUCCAAAAAGGGAUUUGAAAUCUUUGCUGCAACUCAAAAAGAUUUUUAAUCAUUGUUGAUCUUGAUGCUUGCAUAGGCCAUAAUUUUCUCAGAAAUUUCGGUCCUCGUGCAAUUAUUUUCUGUUACUAGGGAAUAUCAUAUUGAUUGUUUGAAGGAUCGCCAUAUGGAGGACCUUAGGACAGUUUCGAGAUGAUUUUUUGAGGAGAUCAACAUCGGUGCAUGUUCAUGUGGGUGAUCCUUGUGUCGUUUGUGCAUUAUAUGAAAUCUUUACGGCCCUGAGCAUUGCAUCUACCAAUAUGCGAAAAGAAGCGGUGGCCCCUACUUCUUUGAGAAUAGCUCUAAGCAACCUGUAUACAGAUAGUAAUUUCUUCCAAGAGGCUCAAAUGAAUGAUGCUUCUGAAGCACUUGCAGUCAUAUUUCACUGCCUUCACCGAACAUUUAUUACUGGUUCGACUGUUUCUGAUACUGAAUCAGUGGAAAGCAAUUGCAUGGGGUCUUGGGAUUGUGCAAACAAUUCUUGUAUAGUGCAUUCACAUUUUUGACUGGACAUUUAUGAACGAAUGAAUUGCUACAGUUGUGGUCUGGAGUCAAGACAUUUAAAGUAUACUUCUUUCUUUCACAAUAUAAAUUCCAGUGCCCUCCAAACCAUGAAGGUUAUGAGUCCAGAAAGUUCUUUUGAUCAGCAUUUAAAUCACAUAGAGAGGAGUCAUCGGUUAGCAUGUGAUCCAGAUGCUGGUGGGUGUGGGGAGCUCAACAACAUACAUCAUAUUCUGUCAACUCCACCACAUGUUUUCACAACAGUUCUAGGUUGGCAGAAUACAAGCGAGAGUGUUGAUGACAUAACAGCAACACUGGCAACCCUAAGUAUGGACACUGAGAUAGAUAUCAGUGUCCUUUAUAGUGGGUUAGAUCCAAAGAGCAAGCAUAGCUUGGUUUCAGUGGAGACAAAUCUUGCGUGACCUUUGCUUGACCUUGGCACAAGCAAGAAUGUGACUAAUCAUAGGACAAAAACUUUGGGCAACCCUUUCACGACAUUGGCUCGAGCGAAAUAGCGACUGUCAAGAUUCACAUGCAAUGAGAACCAUGUGCUGCCAGCAGCUGAUGAAGCUGUUCGAAUCAAUAUGGACAAAAUUUGGUUUUAUUAGACCAAAGAUGAGCUGAAUCAGUACAAAAAACAUUACCAUAUGCUCUCAUCUUUUGAGGAACAACAGUGCUGGAUCCUGCAAGUCGACCCUCGCAAUUUGAAUUAUUGGUACUUAGGUGUUGGGAGUACCUCAAAAAAUUUGUGAAAAUAGACUAAGUGAUGCACCCCAACCUGGAAAUGGACUCAUGGAGAAUCUUGAGUGGAGGAAGGCUUCUGGAGUGGGAAUUUGCAAUUAUGCAGGAGACAAAUUUGUUGAGGCGUGGGGCCUGGGUCCGGACAGGCUACAACCCCUGUCCGGACAGGAGCUCCAGGACGAACCUGGAUCCAAUCUCGUCUAAACAGGAGUUUCAGAGAACGACUUUUGUUGAGGCAUGUCCGGACAGCACAUUGGUGUGUUUGGACACACGGGGCAUUGAGCUACGGAACCAUAGUGGCAUCCGGACAGGCCAGGAGGGCACUGGGACACCGCCGCCUAAAAACUCUGGUUUUCUAUUUAAAGUCCUGUUAUGAGCUUCUGAUGUUAUGGGAAAAAUGUGGGAACACUGAGACGUCUUUUCUAAGUUUUAUAUAGAAGAGUUUGAGAGUUGAAUAGUUUAAUCAACGUCUCUGGAUUGUAAAAGUCUCUUGUAUUAUUUUCUCCAUCAUAGUGAAAUUUACUGCAACUCUGUGGAUGUAGCCCGUAGAGGUGAACCACGUAAAUCUUGUGUUCUUUUGUGAUUGUCUGA